CACUCAUAGAAGAAAGUCAACGCUAUACAUCAGUGAUACCUUCAUUUCAAACCAAAGACAUACAGAAUGGACCUCUCUCGAAAUACAUUUAGGUGAACUGGACCUAAUUUUUUUAAUCAUCAACAUAUGGUGCUAAAUGCACAUCCUAACGGCAUCUUUCCACACGUGUGUAACUAUAUAUAGCGCUUGAGUGCCGCCACAACAGCGCGCUCAGACGCGCAUUUUACGCACAAUGGAGAGCCUGCUGAAAGAAACUAUUGUCUGGCCCUUCAACGACUCCUGGGCAAAUUCAAGCAAGGGAAACGACAGCGGAGGAUUGAACCAAACCGUAAACCCUCUGAAGCGCAACGAAGAAGUGGCGAAAGUCGAAGUAACCGUCCUGGUGUUGAUUUUGCUGCUGGCGCUCUCCGGCAACCUGUGCGUCCUUGUGGCUAUCCAGACGAGUAAACACGUUCAGUCGCGGAUGUACUAUUUUAUGAAACACUUGAGCAUAGCUGACCUGGUGGUGGCGGUUUUUCAAGUUCUCCCUCAACUUAUCUGGGACAUCACCUUUCGCUUUUAUGGACCAGACUUUUUGUGCCGCCUGGUGAAGUACCUACAGGUGGUUGGCAUGUUUGCAUCCACUUACAUGCUCGUGCUGAUGUCUAUCGACAGAUGUUUGGCUAUAUGGCAGCCUCUGCGUUCCCUGCGCCGUCGAAAGGACCGUUUUUUCGUGCUGGCCUCUUGGAUUAUAAGCCUGCUCUUCAGUUUGCCACAGGUGUACAUCUUCUCCCUCAGAGAGGUGGGCGACGGGGUCUUCGACUGCUGGGGGGAUUUUGUUCAGCCCUGGGGCGCAAAGGCUUACGUUACGUGGAUUAGUCUCACAAUCUACAUCAUUCCUGUAGCCAUUUUAAGCGUUUGUUAUGGACUUAUAAGUUAUAAAAUAUGGCAAAACUUUAAGCUGAAGACGCGGCGCGACCAGUGUCUGUCCUUGACCCCGCGGCCAGCCAAGGGCACCGCGCUCUCCCGCGUCAGCAGCGUCAAGUUGAUCUCCAAAGCUAAGAUCAGGACGGUGAAAAUGACGUUUGUGAUCGUCCUGGCUUAUAUCAUAUGCUGGACGCCGUUUUUCUUCGUACAGAUGUGGUCCGCCUGGGAUCCAAUGGCUCCAAGAGAAGCUAUGGCGUUCAUUAUUGCGAUGCUUCUGGCCAGUCUCAACAGCUGCUGUAACCCCUGGAUCUACAUGUUUUUCGCUGGUCAUCUGUUCCGGGAUCUCAUGCAGCGCUGUCUUAUGGCAUCACACUGCGGCUGUAAGAGGCAAUGGAGAUCUAAGAGCCAUUCAGGCACGGGUGCAAUGAGGAGCACCAGCAGUCAGAAGAGUGUGACGCAGUCCUCUACUACAUGAGAGAAAGUUGGAAUACAUGCAGUUCAUAUUACCGUCAUGGACAGAUCAAUAAGAUAACAUAAGCUAAGGAAUCAUUUCAUAUGAUUUUUACAACUUAAGAUCUGUAUCUUUACAAAAGUAAUGCUUGACCUGUAGCUGUCUUUGAUACAAGAGGUAUUUAUAUCCAUCUCUUCUCCAAACUGCUUAUUCUCUGUAGGGCCAUGGGAGACAUUUACAUGUGUAAGCCUAAAGGAACAGUUCACCCAAAAAGAAAAAAAUUGCUGAAAAUGUACUCACCUUCAGACCAU